AUGGCUCAGCGAGCUAUUUUCCGCUUAGAAGCCGAAUUAGGCGACGCCCUUAGUGAAGAACAAAAACAAGACUUAACCAACCAAAUAUUUACGGCGACCGAAAAUUACUGGAAGGAAGAAACUAAUCCGGGUAGCAUUAGUAGUGAAAUUAAAAGUUUAGAAACCACCGCCUUAACAGCAUUACAAGAAGAAAUAGAAAAUGAAGAACCGAGUAGGGAAGGAGAAAAAACAAAAGCCUAUAAAUUAAGCGGAGACCUAGCCGGAAUUGCUAAGGAGUUUGCUGCUCUUGAUUUUAACCAGCAAGAAGAACAAAAACUAAACGCAAUUUUCGUGGCUCGGAAAAAGGCUCAGGAAGGCAUUCCUGAGGAAGAAACUAAUGAGGAAAGUGGGUCGUCAGCCCUCAGUGAGGUAGAUACGGGUGAGGAAAGUGAACUUGAUAAAUCCGGAAUUCCUGCCUCCUCUGACCUCCUAGUUAAGUUUAGCAAAUUAGAAAAACAAGAAUUUAAACCACGACGAAAAAUAGUCGAUAACCAAGGAACCGAACGAGGCUUGGAUAAUCAAUUAUACCUUUUCUUUAAGUUAGAAAGUCCGGUUAACUACCGAGGAAAUGAAUACGAAACCUGCCAAUUAAUUGUCGAUUUACCUUCAUCAGAACCAACAAUAAGUAGGAAUGCUUUGCUAAAUUUUGAUGAAAUGUUAUUUGCUCUUAAAUUUAACUUAACGGUCAAAAUAGAUGAGUUUUCGGUGGCAGAAGCGGAAACCAACUCUGACCAAAAAAUACUAGCUAUUACGGCUCAGAAUCCGGGGGCUAUUCAAGAAACGAUUGUGGCUAACUCGAAUCAACUUUACUUCAAUCUUGAUGGUUCAUCAACUAUCGAGGAAUUAGAAAACCGCGAGAAUGCUAACUUCUUUUUUACCUACCAAGGAGAAAAAUCAUUCUCAGAACAAAAUAUAAAAAGUGGUGCAAAAUUAUUUAGCAAUUUGACCGUAAAAUCUUCUGAACCGCUCCGAAUUGCGAAUAGUGUUUUUGCUGAUUGUUUUUAUUUUACUAUUACUACGUCUGCUUCCAGCGAGGAGGAAUUGAAAAAUAUUAAUUUCCUAACCGCCAAUGAGGUAGGCAAAGAGUAUUUAUUUAGUAUUAAUUUAGCAGAUAUCAGAAUUGGUGUCUAUAAAUCUAUUGAAGAAGUUAAUAAUUCUUAUUUUCUGCUCCAAAGUGAAGACGACAGCGAGUUAAUUAUUCCUUUCCUAGUCAGUGAGGUGAACGGUCUUGCUUCCAAUGAAUUCUUAAAAACAGCGGCGGAAGAAUUUCAAAUUGCCAUUCCGUCCAGAGGAGUCCGAGCUAAAACCCCGCACGAGCUGGUGGCUCAAAGAUGUAAACUUGAGAUAGAGGAUUUUAUUGAAGAAGUUAGUUUGGAGGGAAAACAACUGAUAGAUGAGGAAAAUAAAGAGUUUUUGAAAGAUUUUGACAGUUAUCAAUCACACCAAAGAAGAGAUGGCAGUGAGAAAGUAUCAACCGAAGUCAAGAAAGAAGAAAUUUUGGAGUGGAAAGAAGCCGGAUUUACUCCCCAACAAACGAAAAUCCUAUUAGAAGAAUUAGCAAAAAAACCGGCGGGAGAGAGUGAGAUUGAAUUAAUAGAACCAAGUCCGGAGAAUAUCGAAAGAAUAGAGUUGCAAAAGAAAUUAAAUAAUUUAGUUGAAUUUGCUCCGGGUAGUGGUCGGUCUGGCAACCCCCUUGAUGUCGUGAAGGAAAAAAACCUUAACCCCUAUUUAACCGACGACCAGCAACUAAAAUUUGCGGAACUGCGAACCAAAGUAGAUACUCAACUCAAAAAAAUAGAAAAUGCUGAGGAGUUUAAUGACGACACCGCGACUUUAUUUUGUCAGUCCAGCGAAAUUGGUGAGGAAUUGGAAAAAUUUUUUGAGUAUGGUGAUAGAGAGGAAUUACUAAAAGAUUAUAAGGGAGAUGUGGAUAUUGCUAGUGCGGUGAUUGAUAAAGAAUGUGAAAGAAUAGCUUUUUUGAUUGAAAAAAUGAACACCAAAAAUGAUUUACUGGCCGCGGCUAAAAAUUAUUAUCUGAAAAAACUCGCGGAAACCAAAGCCGAAUUGACGGAGGAAACUAAAAAAGAAUGGGAAGAAGUUAUUAGUGAAAGUAAAAGAAUGGGAAGUAUUGUGCAUUAUUGGGAUUACAAUAUUCUUCCGGAAAUAGCCGAAAAAAAGAUAACUUUCCAAGCGACUGACAUUAAAUUUCUUGGUGAGGAGAAUAAGGAGAGAAAUCGCCAAAUUGAAUUUACGCUUCAACCGGGAACUGGCUGA